CCCGUCAGUCCUUAUCAUAUCCUGCUGCCCAAAUUUUUUUGCCGGCUUUUUCUGAAUCCUCACCAACUCAACCUUCUUGGUCCGGUGGAAAAUAUUCUAACCCGACCCAUUUCCAUUUGCUUCUGCUUUGGAACCACGUCCUGUGUGUGUUAAGACCAUCACAGCGACCCUCUCCCCUCCGUUUCUUCUUCUGUCGCUGCCGCGCAGGAUCGUACGUAGCUUGACCCGUCUUGUCUCUACGAUCGCCUUCAUUGGUACGACUGCACUCCUUGUUCGCUCUCCUGUGAUCGAUCGAUUCGAUUCGGCCUAUCUCGACCUCUCAAGCCGCCCAUCGAACUUACCGUCGUUUCUUUCUACGAGAUCUCUCCGCCCGAGAUUGUGGUGUUUCGUUUAUUUUUAAAAAGGGAAACGACUUGUGCGUCUCUCUUCGUCGUCGAAUCUUGUUGCCCCGCUGCAGCUUCGAAUAAUUCCACGUCCCUACCCGGCACCCGGCGCCAUCUAUUCCGCUUUCUCCCUCGACGCCCACAAAAAAAAAAAUCCCAACACCACCGCAAUCUCACAUCGCGAACGGCACCGAACUCCCCAUAUGACGUCGCCUGCCAACCAGCAGAACCCCAUCCAGGCGAACAACACCCCCGCGACUACGGCUUCUUCGUAUGCCUCUGCUGCAGGUGCGCCUAAGAAGUCAGCCCAGGCCCCUAUAGUCGCAACUGGAUCCCACCCUCCCGCGGUGGUUGGAGCUUCGUCUUCUUCGCAGAAUGCGAAAGACGCCUCAUCGUCUCCUGUGAACGGCAAACCCGCCGUCACCCCCGCUGUCCCUGCUGUCACUCGCAGCAGCGCUAACCUCAACGGUUCCGAUCAUUCUCGCAAGAGCUCCGUCACCAUGGCUGCCAACGGUCCUAACAGUUUUGUCGCCAAUGGUGGUCCCGUCAGUGCUGGCAAGCCUGGCAUCCAGUUCGGCUACGACUCCCCUGCAAUGGCCAACAGCACACCUCAGUCCUCCAGUGCUGCGCCUAUUCCUAUUCCCGGUGGUGGAAAUGCUCGAGUUCCCUCUCCUGCUCACUCACCUUCGCCUAUUCCUCAGCCUUCAGCCAGUGGUGGCCGACCUCCUUCUGGUCUCCAACAGGCAGGAGGCAAUACAAUGACAUUUGGCAGUCUCGGUAGCGAUGGCGAACGCCACAUGAGGCAGGGCUCUACUCCAACGAACCCCAAUGCACAGCCUGGAGCUCACUUCCGACGUGAAUCUGGCCACUCGGCGCAAGGUGACGGCGCCGGUCGAGGCAACUUCCAGCCCCAGGGUGGUCGUGGCCGCGGAUACAAUCCCCAUGGCAGCAACUACAGCUCGCAGAUGGGUUUCCCCCCCACCAACCAGUUCCGUAACGGCCCUGGUCAGGGCCGUGGCAUGCCUCCAGCUUUCCAGCCUCAGGGUCGUAACCUUCAGUACCCGAACUCUCCUCAGCCUGCCCGAAGCCCGGCUCUCGUCCCAUCACUCCCGGGUACUCCUAACAUGCAGCCUGCCACCAUGCAGCCUGGCAUGACACCUCAAUACCAUUACCAACCUCCCAUGCCUCAACAGCAUCAACAAGUACAGUACCCCCUUUCCCAAGUUGAUAAGCCUUUUUCGAAAAACAACAAAAAGAACAAGGGGAAGCGCGGCGACCUGGAAAAGUCGGUCCAGGUCAACCACCCGCAAGAGUCGUCACGCGAUCUGCAUGGGAACGAGUUCAACCAACGUCGGCGUUUCAGUAAACGUUCAGAUCAACCAUGGCGAGAAACAGAUACCAGCAGCUCGCGUGUACCGUCAUUCAGCUACCCCAAAAAACCUUUUCAACCCCUGUCCUUGAAUGAAUCAACUCCGUCUCUCGACUUGUCACCAGGAAGUGGUUUCUUUGAAUACAUGCUAACUUUAAAAAAACAGAACUACGGUUAUCCUCCCCCGCAGGUGGAUGGUUUCGGACGCCCACUGUCGAUGCAAUACAAUUAUGCCAAUAUGCCGUAUAUGGCUGUUCCUCCCCAGGCUAACUCUCCUAGUUACGGACAGAACUAUGUCACUCCCUACACACAGCAUGGUCACAACAUGUCGCGUACACCCUCUCAGCCCGAGAGGCCACCGAGCGCCAGCCAGCCAAAUGCUCCGGUCGUCGUAUCAUCUACCCCCCAGCCUCAGAACUCGUCAUUGAAGCCCACCGCAAACAGCUUCGUCAAGGUGCCUAAGAAGAGCGCCGCUAUCCAGAUCAAGAACGCUGCCGGUGAAGUCAUUGACACUUCGUCCUUCAAAACUCCAUCAUCUCCCGCUCCCAGCAUCCAGCAGUCCAAGACUCCUCCUGUGAUUGCUUCAUCUACCCCCCCUCCUAAGCCAUCUACCCCCUCUCACGGCCGCACUGAUAGUCAUGCUGCCACCAAGACUGCCAAGCAGAUUCAGGAUGAGCUUAAAGAGAAGAUCAAGCAAGCCACGCAGGCACCGCCCAAGGAGGAUAAGCCAAAGCCCGUCGAGCCUGCGGCUAAAACCGAAGACAAGCCUGCUGAGCAAUCUGAGGCCAAGCUCACCGAGACCAAGGCCGAGCCUGCACCCUCUACUAAGGCUGAGCCUGAAAGCAAGCCUGAACCCGAGGUCAAGGCUCCUGAAGCCACUCCCAAGAUUGAGGAGCCCAAGAAGGAGGCUGAGAAGCCUGCUGAGCCUGCUAAGAAGGAAGAAACUGAGGAGGAAGAGAUAGAGCGUAUGAUCCGUGAGAUGGAGGAGGAGGAUGCUCGCCGUGAAAAGGCUGAGGAAGAGCAUCGCAAGAAGGUCGAGGCUCAGAAGGCCAUUGCCAAGGAACAAGCCGAAAAGGACCGUGUUAAGAACGCUGCAGAAGAAGACCGCAAGCUCCGAGAACAAGAGCGCGAGAUGGAGCGUCUCGAGGAGGAGAAGGAGAAGCGACGCCAACAGGCCGGCUCAUCUGCUCCUUCAGUUGCCGAACUCCUCUCCCAGGCUCGAAGCGGCAAGGACACCGAGCCUACUAAGGUCGAGUCUGUUACCGACAAGCUUGCUAGCAUGAAGAUUGGAGGCGACAAGCCUGCCGACUCUGCUGCGCCCAAGCACGAGAAGCGCGGUGCGAAGCCUGCUGCUCUCAACUUGGCCCCUCUUAACACCAAGCCCGUUGAGCCCGCUCAACCAAGCGCCGCCCUGCAAUCGCUCAAGUCUGCUCGUUUCCUGAAGGUUAUCGAGCAAGAUAUCUACCCUGCUGGCAUCAAGUCACCCAACCCUGCCCUUAAUGCAGCGGUUCAGAAGAAGGGCAAGACCUUCAAGUAUGAUGCCAACUUCUUGUUGCAGUUCCAGAAGGUCUUUACUGAGCAGCCUUCUCUCGAAUUCGGCCAGCAAGUCAAGUCUCUUAUUGGCGAUGACCGUUCCAGAACCAACACUCCUGGCGGCUCUGGUCGAGGCUCUCGUGGCCCUAGCUCAGGUAUCGGCAGUGGAUUUCCCAUGGGUAGCUUCAACGCCCCUACCGCUUCCCGACCUCUCCCCAGUAACAGUACCUCUGAACUCCGUUUCGCCCUUUCCAACCAGCAGCGACCUGGUAUUGGUUCCAUGGGCCGUGGUCCCAGCAAUUUCCCUACAGGCGGCUCCUCGCGUGGCCCCUCUCAACUUCCUAACUCUCCCCGUGGGUCUCGUCGUCGUGGCGGCGGCAGCCAGCGUGGUGAAGGCGUCAGGGAGGCUCAGGCUGCUAAGACCAUGCCUUUGACUGCUGGCCAGGAGCUUAAGCCCAUUGCCCAGACCGCUAACGGUUGGAAGCCUACAAGUAUUGGCAAGAAUGCCAAUCCAGCCGCUGCCAAUCCCUCUGGCCACCUCGAGCCUGAUAUGGUUCAAAGAAAGGUUAAGGCGGCACUCAACAAGAUGACACCCGAGAAGUUCGACAGGAUUGCAGACCAGAUCUUGCUCAUUGCAUCCCAGUCCAAGGAUGAGUCUGACGGUCGUACACUUCGCCAAGUCAUUCAGCUCACCUUUGAGAAGGCUACUGAUGAGGCCCAUUGGGCUUCCAUGUAUGCUAAGUUCUGCAAACGUAUGCUCGAGACUAUGAGCCCCGACGUCCGUGAUGAGCGUAUCAAAGACAAGAAUGGUAAUGUCGUCAGCGGUGGUAACUUGUUCCGCAAGUACCUUCUCAACAGAUGUCAGGAGGAGUUUGAGCGCGGUUGGACCGUUAACUUACCUGACAAGCCUGAUGAGGAAGAAGACGCUGCGGGUAAGAAGACUGCUGAGGCUGCUCUCCUGUCCGAUGAGUACUAUGCUGCUGCUGCUGCCAAGCGACGUGGUCUUGGUCUAGUCCAGUUCAUCGGUGAACUUUACAAGCUCGGCAUGCUUACAGAGCGUAUCAUGCACGAGUGUGUGCACAAACUCGUCGACUAUAAGGGAGUACCUGACGAGGCUGAAGUUGAGUCGCUUAGCAAGCUGCUCAGGACUAUUGGUGGCAACCUCGACAGCACUGAGAAGGGUCGGCCCAUGAUGGACGCUUACUUCCAGCGCAUCCAGACCAUGAUGGAUCUUCCCGAGCUUCCCAGCCGACUCAAGUUUAUGCUCAUGGACGUUAUGGACCUGCGCAAGGCCGGAUGGCACUCGAAGGAGACCAACAAGGGGCCCAAGACUCUCGAUGAAGUUCGAGCUGAGGCUGAGGCUGCUCAGGCUGCCAAAGCUCAGGAGGCUGCUCGCACUAAUCAGCGAGGUGGCGGUCGCCCUCCGGUCGGACGAGGCGACGCUCGCAACUUCUCGGCUGGUUACGCACAACAAACCAGCAACCAGGUCGGAAUGGACGAUCUGCGCCGUCUGAAGGGCUCUGCCAACCGAACCUCAAGCGGCAACAUCUCUCUUGGCCCUGCUUCCAUGCUCUCUUCUCGUAGCAACAGCGGAAGACGCAUGGGUCCCGGCGGCUACCUUGGUCCUCGUGGUGAGGAUUCUGCUACUUCUUCACGAACUGGCACUCCUCCUACCCGCGAGAACACCUCUCACUCUAAUGCAUUCAGCCUCCUUGCCAACAUGGAGAACGACCACCCGGCUUCGCCCCCGUCUACUUCUGCCUCCCCCGCGAUGUCGAAGGCUGUCCCUGACAGUGAUAAGAAAGAGAGCGAGUAAAAGUAUUCUUCUUCCUUCGGUGUCUUGCAUUUCGGCAGAAUAGACUAGGCGGUGCUGUGUUUUCUUGCAUUUACAGGCCUUUUUUUAUUUAUUUAUCAGACGUGUCACAAAAGUUGAGCACAUUUUCUUUUUCCAGAACUCAUGAUACCUUGCCCAUAGACAGACGGACACGAUUCCUCUCAGCGUGAGAGGUGACCCCUACAUCGGACUAGGGAUUUCCUUCACCAUUGUGCUCAUUACCACCUACCUCAGCCCCUUUUCUGAUCAUGCUUCGAGUGUGUUUCAGUUCUUUAAUGUUGUGGAGGAUUUCCGGUUCAAGGGUUCGGGAUGACCCUAUCGCUGUCGUUGGCCAGCAUACUUCUGGCUGUUUUAUCUCCAGGAGAGGUUACGCACGAAAAGGGGGAGGUAAUGAUGGUAAAAAGCGUCACGAUGAUCACGUCGCAACCGUCAUAUACAUACGUACGACUCGGGGUGGAUGGCGGAGGUGGUGUUCAGGGCAUUUGCGGUUGAAUUUUAUUUCGGACUCAAUGAGGCAGAACGCGAAAGGGAAUGGAACGAAAUGGAACGGAAUGAUAUGGAAUGAAAUGGUUUUCUCGGUGCAUUCUUCCUCUCUGGCCUUUCGUUAUACGUGGACAGCCUCUCGCCAUGCUUUCGCCCCUUUGCUGGCUUUAGAUGUUGCUCCCUCACUUAACGCUGACGAAUCACAUCACGUCGCGAUAGGAUAGGAAAGGGUUCUCAAACAAGACCAUGAUUGAUGAUGACGACUCAGGCUCUCUCGACUUAGCCUCAUGAGCAUAUGCAUUGUUGUACCAAGAAGGAGGACAUGACCGCUCGCCAACGGCUCUGUCACUUGGUGUGUAAUGUAUAGAGGCGUUCAGCCUGGUCGAGCUUUAAUGAAAGGGUCUUGAUGAUGCUUUGCUGUAUAUCAUCUAAUUUCGAAGAAGCAUGGGCCAUUGGCAGGGACAAUUUACAUAUAUGUUCAAACUUGCUGCCUCUUACUCGUGAAUAGUAAAUAAGUGAAUGUUGAACACAGGGAAGAAGAUGUCUUGAUAACGGACGACCAUAGGAAAACUGUCUUAUUUUAAAAUAUUGUAACUUGGUAGGUAGUAGAGCACUCGGCAGGCUUCGCUCUCAUCAAACUCCCAAACACCACCAAGACUCGCUUACUCUUGUGCAUGCCGAAACCCUUCAUUACUGGCAUGUGAAGCUGUU